AUGAGGAGAGAACUUUGUUCGCUGGCCUUUUACAGAGCCUUAUUUGCUGAAUUUUUAGCCACACUGAUCCUUGUGUUUUUUGGACUGGGUUCUGCUCUGAGAUGGCCAGCUGCUCUUCCAACAGUGCUACAGAUCUCCUUGGCCUUUGGUUUGGUGAUAGGCACAAUGGUCCAGGUAAUGGGGCCCAUUAGCGGAGGUCAUAUAAAUCCAGCAGUGACAUUUGCCUUUGUUCUUGGAUCCCACAUAUCCAUAUGGAGAGGUAUUUUGUAUGUCAUUGCCCAGCUUCUGGGAGGAUUGGCUGGUGCUGGUAUUCUGUAUGGUGUGGUCCCACCACCUAUCCGAGGAAACCUUGCAAUAAACACACUCAGUAACAAUACAAGUCCAGGACUUGGUUUUGUCGUUGAGAUGUUUCUUACCCUACAACUGGUUUUGUGUGUCUUUGCAUCUACUGACAGUCGCCGGACUGAUAAUGUAGGCUCUCCAGCUAUAUCUAUUGGCCUUUCUGUUACUUUGGGUCACCUUAUAGGGAUAUACUUCACUGGUUGCUCUAUGAAUCCUGCCCGCUCCUUUGCUCCAGCGGUCAUAGUGAAAAGCUUUCGGAACCAUUGGGUCUUCUGGAUUGGGCCAUUAGUAGGAGGGGCCGUAGGCUCUUUAUUGUACAAUUAUGUGCUUACUCCAACUGUGAGAUCCCCCAGAGAAAAGCUGGCCAUAUUUUUGGGGACAUAUGAUCCGGAAGAUGUCUGGAAUGAAGAGCCUGAACCGCACAAGAGACGCUCUUUGGAUUGUCCUGACCGUACUGUUCUACAACUUUCACGCCUAAAAGAUUGUUGAACAUCCAUCUGUCUAGGGCAACAAAGUGUUAUGCAUCCUCAUACCAGAGACCAAACAUCAUAGUUGGGAAGCUGCACAUCCGGACUAUUACCCUUGUUGAUUCGCUUGAACUACUAGAGAACCAGAUACCUCAUCGCUUUAUAUGGCAUGUCCAUGUUCUUCAUCUUGAGUUCCACCUAUU